GUCAACUCUUUCCCCCCUUAGCCUCCCUCUUUUUAACUUUUCUUUUCUUUUUAUUUUCUUUUCUCUAUCAAGCAACCCCUCUUUUAUUAUUUAUUUUCUUUCUGGUUUUAGGGUAUGUUGUUGGAGUUUUCCAACGUGAAACUCUCGCAGUUUCCAUCCACCUCGAAAUAGAACCAAGGGAUUGGCAUUUUCGGCUUCAUAUGGCAUGACCUUCGUUUCCAUUCGUUUCUUCUGCUUCCCUAUCUGCCCCAACUAUCCUACCCAAGAUUUCCACUUUAGUUCUUGCACUGCCUAAAACGGUUGAAAAGAGUAAUGCACUGAGGAAUGGCGCUAAGGGUUCCUGCUCCAAAGGCGGCUGAGAUUGCUAUAGCGUCCAUUGGAUGUGGAUAUGAUAUCGGUACAGAUAUUAGGCUCAAAUACUGUAAAGUGGAUUCUAAAGAUCCAUGUCUUAUUGAGAUCGAUGAAGAUGGAGGACGUGAGAUUGUUUUGCCAGGUGGAAUUUCAGUACCCAACGUGUCCAAGUCAAUAAAAUGUGAUAAAGGGGAGCGCACACGAUUCAGGUCUGAUGUUCUCUCCUUCCAACAGAUGUCAGAGCAGUUCAACCAAGAAAUAUCUUGGACUGGAAAAAUACCUUCAGGCCUCUUCAAUUCCAUGUUUGAAUUCUCUGGUUGUUGGCAAAGAGAUGCUGCCAAUACUAAGACACUUGCUUUUGAUGGGGUGUUCAUUACCCUCUACUCAGUUGCACUGGAGAAAUCUCAAAUGGUGCUACGUGAUCAUGUCAAGAAAGCAGUCCCAUCUACAUGGGAACCUGCAGCAUUAGCAAGGUUUAUUGGCACUUAUGGCACCCACAUUGUUGUUGGUGUGAAGAUGGGAGGGAAGGAUGUUAUUUACAUAAAACAGCAGCAUUCCUCUACUCUUCAACCUGCUGAUAUCCAGAAAAGGUUGAAGGAUAUGGCUGAUAAGAGGUUUUUAGAUGCCAAUGAACAUUAUGGAACAGUGUCUGAGCAAGUUUUCCAGAGUGACAAGUUUGAAAUCAGGGAGCAGCGGCUAAGGUUUGCCCAUAACAGUCCAUCAAGUUCAUAUGCACAUAAAGAGGAUAUGAUAAGCAUUUACAAAAGGAGAGGUGGAAGUGAUAAUAGAAACCUAUCUCAUAAUGACUGGUUACAAACAGUUCAGUCAGAGCCUGAUGUGAUUUCAAUGUCCUUUAUCCCAAUUACUUCUCUGUUGAAUGGAGUCCCUGGUAGUGGAUUUCUGAGCCAUGCCAUAAAUCUGUAUUUGCGAUAUAAACCGCCGAUUGAAGAACUCCACCAGUUUUUGGAAUUUCAACUUCCAAGACAGUGGGCGCCAGUUUUCAGUGAACUUCCUCUUGGCCCACAACGAAAGCAACAAAGCACUUCAUCUUUGCAAUUCAGUUUCAUGGGGCCCAAGCUUUUUGUGAACACUACUCCGGUUGAUGUGGGUAAGAGGCCAGUGACUGGCCUCCGACUAUAUCUAGAAGGUAAAAGGAGUAAUCGCUUGGCCAUCCACUUGCAGCAUCUUUCCUCUCUUCCAAAAAUCUUCCAACUUGUAGAUGAUCCAAAUGAGAACUUCAGCCAAAUGUCUCGUGAUCGUAAAUACUAUGAGAAAGUUUAUUGGAAGAACUACUCUCAUGUAUGCACUGCUCCUGUCGAGGCUGAAGAGGAUCUUUCCAUAGUAACUGGAGCACAACUGCAGGUUGAGAAUCAUGGUUUUAAAAAUAUUCUCUUUUUACGGCUACGCUUUUCAACUGUCUUGGGAGCUAUGUCUCUUAAGCAGCCAGAAUGGGAUGGAUCACCUGGGUUGGCACCUAAGUCAGGACUCAUAUCGACACUAAUCAGUCAUCACUUCACAACUGUUCAGAGGCCAGCUCCAAGGCCAGCUGAUGUGAAUAUAAACUCUGCUGUUUAUCCUGGAGGCCCACCUGUACCUGUCCAAGUCCCCAAGCUUUUGAAAUUCGUCGAUACAACAGAGCUGACAAGAGGGCCAGAAGAAACUCCUGGGUAUUGGGUUGUUUCGGGGGCAAGAUUAGUUGUUGAGAAGGGAAGGAUCCGUCUCCGGGUUCAGUAUUCUUUAUUGACUGCAAUAUUACCUGAUGAAGAUGGCUUAGAGGAGCAGUAGCAGAUUUUUCUCUCACCUCUUAUCACCUUGUUUUUCCUCGCACACCAUGUAUAAACAAUUAUGAAUACGAAAAAAGAAGAGAAUUGAAACAUAAGCGGUCACGUUUACAGGGAUAGAACUAGAAGGGAUGGUUGAAGGUGAUACGAUGAUUGGGUGUGCGUUGAGGAUGUUGGCUGUAUCAUUGUUUUCCUUGCUUGCAAUUUGUAUCUUAUAAUGUAAUUUUUUUUUUCCUGUUUCUAAUAUCGGUUCCUCAAGUUGAUGUAUCUAGUAAGGUGUUACACGGACUCUCGAUUCGGGUAUAUAUGUGUUUUUUAUGUUUUAUCAUAUAUGCAUUUUGAAUCUUUACAUUA